ACCUUAAAAAAUGGUUUGUCUUCGUCGAACUUUGGAUCAGAAUAACACGCAUACACGGUUUUGAAGCUAUAAAGCCGAAGACCUGUUAAAACCGUUCCUUGCGGAGCUUAUCUUCUGCACGAGUUGGUUGUUUCAUCCACAUUCACAGGAAGGACCUGGAUUUUAGAAGGAAAUGUCGAGCUUCAGUCAGCUUGAUCUUCAGUACAGCCUCUCGAAGAGGAAGAUCUUGCGGAAGCCUUCACGGUUGUUCUCUUCCUCUCAUAGCAGGCAGAACUCUGGCCUUGCAUACCAACCUAACAUGGAGGAGAUGAAGAGGGUGUUCGACAAGUUUGAUUCCAACAGAGACGGAAAGAUAUCUCAGCAAGAGUACAAGGCCAUUCUUCGAGCUCUGGGAAAGGAAAACACGAUCGAGGAGGUCCCCAGGAUAUUCCGGGUUGCUGAUCUUGACGGGGAUGGGUUCAUUGAUUUCAACGAGUUUGUGGAGGCCCACAAGCACGGGGGCGGGAUAAGGGCCCGGGACAUUCAGAGCGCUUUUAGAACUUUCGAUCUUAAUGGUGAUGGGAAGAUUACUGCUGAGGAGGUCAUGCGAGUGCUGAGGAACCUGGGGGAGCGGUGCAGCCUCGAGGACUGCCGGAGAAUGGUGAGGGCUGUAGACACGGACGGGGAUGGGGCGGUCGACAUGAACGAGUUCAUGACCAUGAUGACUCAUACCUUGACAUCUAAUUCUAAUUAAUUGGAGAGACUGCUAUAUAUCUGAAGAUCGGAAGUUGCUAUCAGAAGCAUCUGCCUUUACAUCAAUCUUCCUUAUGCUUCUUGGCAUCGGGGUACUUACCGGCAUAGAACAUGAUGACCGGGCUGUCUAGUUUAAUAAUAAACGUUCAUGUAAAUUUCCAACCCAUAAGAUAAGCCGCAUUAUGUCAUGUCGUCUCUAUGUAACCGAGUCAUACCAAAAUAAUACCACGUCAUCCGAUUGUUGAUCGCUAUGAGCUUUGAGCUCUGCCGUAAGGUAAAAUUAAUGUUUUAGUAAUUCACA